GUCUGGAGGUAGAUAAAACGAAGCAUACGUCACGGGUCAAUGGACCAAGGAUCUCUACUCCCUUGUUUCGAUAGCAAUGACAAUCGACUUGGGAUUGGGGGCUAGCUUGCUCCUUGUGCUACUCUUGGACUCCUACCAAAGGGGAGCUCAUUGCUGUGCUUGUUGAGACCAAUAAUCGCUAGCCCCUUGUUUCGAUAGCAUCAACAACCGGCCCGUGAUCGAGUCUAGCUUGUUCCUUGUCACUAUGCUCGAGAACCUACCAGAGAGGAGCUAUAGCUGUGCUUGUUGACUACCACUCAGACCAAAGAUCACUAGCCCCUAAAACAACAACCGCCUUAGGGUUGGGGGCUAGCUUGCUCCUCGUUGCUGUGCUUGAGCUCCUGCCAAAGGGUUCAAUAUCACUCAAAACCUCUUCCCGUGGGGUUCAUACUAUCGCUCGAACCUCUUCCCAGUGCUAACAUGUUCACCAAUGCUCGGAGACAAGAAGAGCGCACGGGGAAAUAUGGAACUCCCAGAGUGCAAUAUCUUCAGGAAUUGGUCUCUCAAUUUCAGAAUGCAUCUAAUGAAGAAUCAAAAGAGAAGAUUGUUGCCAAUUUAGCAAAUUUUGCUUAUGAUCCUUUCAAUUACACCUUUUUACGCCAGCUAAAUAUUUUAGAACUUUUUCUUGACUGCAUGACAGAGCCCAAUGAGAGGCUUGUAGAGUUUGGCAUUGGCGGCAUCUGCAAUUCCUGCGCUGAUCCAGCAAAUGCUGCAGUUGUUACUCAGUCUGGAGGGAUCCCUCUUGUCAUCCAAUGUUUAUCUAGUCCAGUUAGAAAUACUGUAAAUUAUGCUCUUGGUGCACUUUACUAUCUUUGCAAUGAAUUGAACAAGGAAGAGAUUUUGAAACCCGAAGUAGUGGAUGUCAUCAAACGGUAUGCUGCAUCUAGCACAGUUAGUGUGAGCUUCAGUAAUCUUGCUCAUGCAUUUUUAGAUAAGCAUGUCUCUGAGCUCAACUGAAGGUCUUUGUGUGUGUGACUAGUUCAUUCUCAUUGUAUUGUGUUUUAAAGAGGUUGCAAGUAUUUUAUACACCGAUUUGUCACCAUCCUCAGAUGCUUGCAUAGGUAGAAUUGUUAAUAUGCUGUCGUGAUACUCGAUCCCAUUCAAGUAUCCUAUGUCCCUUUUUUGCAGCUUGUAAAUUUCAAAAUCAAUUUUCUCUUUUACCCUAUGUAGGUAUUAUUUAGUUGUUGGUA